GGUUCUCGUGUCGGGGAGAUCGUCGCACACGUCAGAUGGUCGAACGAGGUAUUCGACUAUUUCGAUUUCCCGGCGCCCGUGUUACGGGUCGCCGACAUCACCCAGGGUUACCAGACAUACCGGGAGCAAGCGGGCGGUGAUACCCAGCUCUUGCUGUUCCAAGGGGACGCUCCGCGUCUCUUCCGCCUUUACCUAUCCAAGAUCACCUGGCGCCCAGCGAACAAGUUCAGCACCCUCAGACAGUUGUAUCUUCACAACUGCAACUGGUCAAGACCGUUGAUUGCGCUCGCUUCGCUCCUCAGCGGGACACCCAACCUUGUCGACUUGGUAUUGGACAAGAUGGACUGCCCUUUCGAGGACGAGGGUACUCAUAGGCCUAAACCUCGUCUUGGAAGGCUGCAGCGACUUACGUUGUCGUCCACAUGCAGCAAACCAUCUCGUACAAUCAUCAGAAGCAUAGAACUCGGCGCAUGCACCUCGGUCUCGAUGUACGGCGGCUCGGACUUACGAGAUCCUCUUAUACUGGAUGACAUCCAGAGAUCGAGGGGCUCGCGCGCCGAUCAGUGGUCCAAGAUCUAUCUUCUGCGCACCACGCCACGCACCGCCCCAGGCACCUCGCGAUACGUAACCCCUCGCCAGACCCAUUGCAUUGUCGCCGAUCCGUCUUCAGGUGUUCUAUGUGAAAACAUGAACAUCGUGGUCCCGCCAGGCGCAGAGUGGAAGGAGACUAUCACCACGAGCGUAGGACCUGUACGGCUCACAUCCUCUGUUAGGAUACCGGCCCAAGUCGAUACAUCCCUGAUCCGCGAGGCAUGGAUCAUCGAGCUUUCAAACGACGAACUUGGCUUCUCCUCAUCAGACUUGGUCAGCCUCAUGCGGCGCAUGCCGGCACUUGAGUCUCUGACGAUGUCCGACAAGACCUUCAGCCGGUUUUGCCAAUCAUUGAUUUUCGCCCAGGACACACUUUGCCCGCGACUGUCUUCGGUGCACGUCCUGCUCAACGGGCGUUCGUCUAGCCCAGUAUCCAUCCUCAGGCCACUCACUACCAUCCUGCGCUCCCUCCCUCGCCGCAUGUUCAAGGUCAAAAUUGGUUAUCUCCCAGGUUUCAAGAAGGAACGCGUCUAUGCAACGGAACUCGACGCGUUCUUCGAUUCUGUCGAGUACGUGUCCCAUACCGAAAUGCCACAUAUGGAGAUGCCGCCUGUUUGCAGUGCCGACCCACACUCCUUCUGGCCAUCGUGGCCUCUGCCCAAGUGGAAGAGACAACUCGAGAUGUGGAGCAGAUUUGCUGGAGAAGUGGAGUAGCUUUUAGAGCUGGCAUCUGUGGCCGCGGCGGCUUUUGUCUCUCGCUCUUAGGCCCUGCUGUUGAGGAAGCUGCCGGAUC